ACACGGCAAGAACGCAUAGACGAAGCCCGCUAUACGUCCCAGCUGAAUCUCGAUAAGAUUGACGAGAUCUUUGGGGUCUAUGGCCGAAACUUGACCAAAGUCGUUGAUUUGGGCUCUGCGCCCGGCACGUGGCUCAGGCACACGCGGGAUCGGCUUCUGGGCUUGCACGGCUUGAAGCCCGAGAAGAUUUAUGAGAAAUGUACCGUGAUAGGUGUAGACUUGUUAUUCUGCCAACCUCCCCGCGGCACGUUUUUCACCCAGGGAAACAUGUACUCGCAAAACACACACACGCAGAUCGAGACGUUGCUCAAAGAGGCCGCGUUUCGUAUAGCCAGGCCAAAGAGAAGAGACAUCGGAACAGAAUUUGACGUCUCGUACAUUCUGAGGGAGCUCAAUCAAGUCCAGCUUGAAGCAAACAUCGCAACGGAAAAGACAGCCCAGCUGACUAAAGCCACAAAACAAACCAGCGACUGUUACGAUUUGCCUCCAUAUGCUCACCAGGCAGAUGUUGUGCUAUCGGAUUUGGGCACUCCUCCACUCCAGGAGUCCGGCUUUCAUAUCAAUACUUUAAGCAAGCCGUUCAUACGCAGCAGUCUGAAUAAUAUGCUUCGCCAGCCUUGGGAUAACCCCGAAAAGUCGUCGAUUGAUUUGGCGGAGGCGGCGUUGCUUUUGAGUGGGAAUAUUUUGGCCAAAGGGGGCACCUUUGUGGUCCGGUUGAGCAUGGUGAAUUUGGCGGACCCAGAAUUAGAGUUGCUCGAGGCCAGACUCCGAAUGGUUUUCCACAGGGUCACCAGGUGGAGCGACAAUGGCCGCACAACCUCGACGGAGCACAGACAACAGAACUUGUUCAUGGUGUGCAAGGACAAGAAGGACCACCUCAUGGAUAAGUAUGCGGUUUUUGGCGUUCCCAGA